ACAAAAACAACGAGGAAAACAGAUGAUGCAUAAUGAAGUUUGACUUGAAAGACACACACCAACCAAAUGGAUAAUGAGAAUACGACGCUUAAAACAGGAUAUCUUCUGAAAUUCGAGCCAAAUAAAAGAUGGAAAAUCAGAUGGCUAGUUCUUCAUGAAGAUCAGCUGACUUGUCAUCACAGACGUGACAAAACAGUGAUAGUAACAAUCGUUUCAUUACAAGGAGCAUCAGUUAUCUGCCCUUGUAUAGAUGACCCAGUAGCUGAUGCCCAGGGAGUAUUCAAGAUAGUUUUGCCUGAGGGUGAGGAGAUAUACCUACAGGCAGCAGGUAGGAAGGACCGUGAAGGAUGGGCCCAUGCCAUUGGUGCUGUGAUACGCUCCAUCUCUGGGUCAAAACAGGUUUCCAAUGGCAGUGUACCAUUUCCAGCCUUCAGAGCUAAAGUCAAUGUUAGCGAGAUACUCGGGGCAAUACAGGACCCUGAUGCUGGAGUCAUGUUGGCCAACCAUGUCCGGAAUGGGGCUGUUCAUAAAAACUGCUUCAAAGGCAGUGAUGUGGUUGAUUGGCUGCUUCGUUGGUCAAUAGUGCGUAAGCGUGAUGCUGGAUCAGCCAUGGUCCAAACUGUUCUCAAGUUAGGACAUGUCCAGGAAGUUGAUAUCAACGACGGAGCAGCGGGAGCCUCCGCAAAGUUCAGUGACGAUGAUAAACUUUACAGAUUUACUUCUCUGAAUCUUGGUGGCAAGAGGAGCAGUUACUAUGACAGCACAGACAGUGACUCGGAAUCUUCAGAGGAAGAGGAAGAUAAUGUUGACGUCGACGUCAAACUCAGGAAGGGCAAAAUUCUCAGGGAAAGAUUCUUAUUAAAAAGGCGACAUAUAGCAAAGGACUGGCGAGUUGUACGGGUUGUGUUGAGGGAAAAACCAAGCACCAUUGAGUAUGGCAGAGCCAUUGCGCAGUGUACUGGGUCGGUGUUAGUGUCCAAGUUCAUUGAUCUGGAGAAGUAUGAUGUCCAGUUGUCCAGAAAAGACAGCUUUUCAUCUGGCGGUGCCAGUAAGGGAAAAGUGAAGAAGAAAAUUUGCCUGAAGGACAAAACUGGGAAAGGUCGAUGUCAUAUCUUCAAGGUCAAGGAUGAGGAGGAAUGGUAUGAGUGGAACUCCGUUCUCCAGCAGCUUACUGGUCAGAAACAAGUUACGCUCUAAUUCAUAUACUGAUAUAGCAAAGGCAGUUUUUCUUACACAGAAUCUGAUCAAUCUGUUUUUGCUCUCCACAAAUAAGAAAUAACAGUAGUUUUUUGAUGGUCAGUUUUAUUUGGUACGCACAAGCUGAAUAGUUGGUUAACUCACGCUUACUUUGAAGUGGAUUGGUAAGAUAAACAAUGUAUUUUAGUACAAUGUAUUUUAAUACAAUGUAAUUUUGAACUUUGAAGCUGGUAAUACAGACUUGUCAGUUAUUUUGGUAUACUAGAAAAUUUAGUAAUUAAUGGUAUAUGCUCCAAGAAAGAACAGUUGAACAAUUUGAUGAAAUGGUUGAUUUUGUGCAAUUUAACUCUUGAUUAGUACGGAAUGUAUUUCAGAGAAAAAUGUUGCUUUAAUGGAAACGAGUGGUCAGUUGGUUGUUAUGAACUAAUAGUUCUGCACCUACAUCCUUGAUACUUAAGGAGUUUUGUCACUUAUACUCUCUACACCUGGAAUUUGUCAUAACAAAAUUAAAGGCUCAGUAACCACCAUCUUGUAGAUAAAAUAAAUAGUUAAAUCCCUUGAUGUACAUCAAACGAAUCUCCAGAUCAGUGUACUGUUAAAUUGACUGGCUUUGAACCUUGUUGUCACUCCUCUGCGAUCUUUAGGAAAUCUUAGUGAUUGGUGAGAUUAUUAUUUUCUGUAUACCAAUCAAGUAAUUGGUCGCAUGCCUUCGAUUUAUCUAUGACAUAUACCAGGGGUACUGUAAAGAGUGUCGAGGAUGGCUACGUCGUUGACAUGGUACAAAGAACCUGAUUGGCUGUUGAAUGUUUUUAUGUAAAUGAGAAGUCAAGGAUGGUACAAUUUUACUGAUUUCUUUAUAAGUAAUGGAUGAAAAUGUAAUGCUACAAAAACGGUGUGGAAUAUCAUUGUAGCUAAACUUUAUAAAGAUUUCUCUGUGAUAUUUCUUCCUAAACUAGUAUUUGUAAUACAGAUGUCCCCAUGUGUGGACAGGUUACUUCAUAUAUACAUUGGUAGACCAUUACACAUAUGUCUUAAUGUGUUACAUGGGUAUCUUCAAAAGUAAAGAACUUCACAAAGAUGCACCACUAGAUAUAAGCCCAAGUGGAAUAACUCAUAAACUUGAUACAAAAGUAGGGGAUAGAUUUAAUUCUGGUUGUAAAUGGUAUUUGGUAGACACCCUUCAUUAAAUACACCAUUUUGCCAUGAUGCUGAAAUCUCUGAUCGCCACUAAUGUUACUAAAAUUAGAAUCAAGUAGGUUUACACGUCACUAUUUGUACACUCUAUGUGCCAUUUGUCAUGCAUCAUGUUUUGCUAAUCCAAUAUGGGUCACCAUUCGGUUGAAACUUGCUAUUAUCAACCGUUCAGCUUGAUUACUUUACCUGAGUCAUUCCUGACAAUUUGUUAUCAGAUUUAACUCCCAUCACUUGGUUCAACUUGGCCAUUGUUGUUUAUCAAAUUUUAAAAAGUGUUGUUUGUUUAAUAAGGAUUGAUCUGAUGAUCUCUUCCUCUCUGACAGGCCGGUAUUAACAUCUGCAAAUUUGUCGGAAUUCAUGCUAGAAAUGUUGUAUUUAAAGAAUCAGUUUGAACGCAUAUAUAGGACAGGCCUCAUGCUCAUUUUUAAUAGACAAAGAACAAGAACUGUAAAAUAUGCCAAGGGAGGUCACUCUUAAUGGCUACUAUGUUUUUAUACGCAGAACACUAGAUAUUGUGUCAGAGAAACACUAUUGAUAAAUCUUUAAUCAAGUAUUGAGUUCAUCACAGGUGAUAACCAAAAUAAUUAACAUUUAAUAGUAAUUAUACAGAAAACAGGGAUGGUUAACAAAAUAAUUAAUGUUUAAUGAUGAUUAUACAGAAAACAGAGAUGGUUAACAAAAUAAUUAACAUUUAAUGAUAAUUAUACAGAAACAGGGAUGGUUAACAAAAUAAUUAACAUUUAAUGAUAAUUAUACAGAAAAUAUAGAUGGUACACAAAAUAAUUAACGUUUAAUGAUAAUUAUACAGAAAACGGAGAUGGUUAACAAAAUAAUUAACGUUUAAUGAUAAUUAUACAGAAAAUAUAGAUGGUACACAAAAUAAUUAACGUUUAAUGAUAAUUGUACAGAAAACAGAGAUGGUUUACAAAAUAAUUAACAUUCAUUGAUAAUUAUACAGAAAAUGGAGAUGGUUUACAAAAUAAUUAACACUUAAUGAUAAUUAUACAGAAAACGGAAAUAGUUUACAGAAUAAUUAACAUUCAUUGAUAAUUAUACAGAAAACGAGAGAUAACAGCCAAAACAAUUACUGAAACAUUUAAUGAUAAUUAAACUGCUGUCUCUACAGUCGACAUGUAAGGCAUUCAUUCUGUAUCGUCACAAGAUAUUCUCACGAAAUAACCAUAGUGAACGUUUUCAGAAUUCUAAAUAAAUGUAUUAUUUAAAAAAUAUUUCCUUCCAUAUAUAUUGUCUUAUUUACGUAUUUCCUGAUUUUGAAAUCUUAACUCAUUUUAUCUGUCUUUUAUGGAAAAUUGACAUUUAUCCUGAUGAUAAAACUUAGCAAAACUUGUGUAUUGGAAGGGUUUUUGCCCUUUCAACAAAUAUCCAUUUUAAGAUACUGGAUGAGUUUCUAUUUCAAAUUGCCAUAAAUCUUUAAUUAUAUGUGCAUGCUAUUUUCUUUGAACCUUAUGUUUCACUAUUACUCCUCUAUGGAAAGGCCUAAACAGACAGUAAUGUUAAGGUAUUACAAGAAAAGGCCAGGAGUAUACCAAAUUUUCAGAGAUUUAUAUAAACGUAUGUCAUUAUGGGUAUAUUUUCUGUUAUUACAAAACAUUCCUUUAAUUACAAAAUUUCUUAACUCUUCCCCUCCGUUCAAAAAGGAAAAAUAUCACUCAAUUUAAUUUUCUUUGUACUAUUUGAAAUUUUUUUAAAGUGAAUUUGCAGUCUAUGGUUUUUACUUUUGGGAGGAAUCUAUUAUAUACCAGCCACAUAUCUGAAGUUUAGGACACACUUAACGUGUUAGUUAUUGAGAUGUUCUGACAUGUGAUUUGAUCACAACAGGUUACCAUAUUUUAUGAGUGGGUAAGUCAGAAGUUCAUGCCUCAGCUCCAAAAAUCUGAGGGAAUUUUUGUGACUCAUGGCUUGCUAAUUUAGGUUCCAUCUUGUAUUGAGUAACAGUGUCCAGUUUCUCAAAGGUGAUUAGCUUAAUCACUUGAUUAGCGAAAUUCUCAUUUCUCCUUUACUUCAAAACCUGUGUGUAUUCUUUAAAACAGGCAGGUAGGAGGAGAUUGAAGUGUCAUGAAAUUUUAUAAAGUUUUACCAGAAAUAAUUUUAUCAGGAUUGAAAAGUGCUGUUAACUUGUGAUUAGCCUAAUCAUCUUUUGAUCAACCAAACCCUGAUAAUUUGAAGUUCUAAUAUAUCGCUUUCUUCAGUAAAGGAGAAAACUUACUCUAUCAAUCAAAAUACAUUGUAUAUCAAUUAAUAUUUAUAAAUAUUUAUUCAUUACACAAUAUACUUCAUGAGGCAUUCAAGGUACUUUCACAUCCUUCAUUGUCAUCAUGUCAAAUUUUCUUUAUCAGGUCAUGUUUAUGACAUUGCUGAAAAACUUGCCAUGGCCAAAUACUGACCAUAUACUGUCCAUAUACUGUGUUUUAUGGAAAUAUAUCAACCUAAAACAAUCCUAUAAAAUUAUGUGAUACAAUGUCCCCAGCCAUUUAUAUCCGAAUUCCUGAGAGAUCUUCCCUAUAUCUUAAAAUUGUGCAUGAUUUAAUAUACAUUCGAAUGGUGCCAUAUUUAUAUUGUGUUCUAUAUAUUAAGUUUUUUUUUUAUUUCAAUUUUUUUUUUUGCAUUGUAAACAAAUUGUUUACACUUUAACAUUGUCCUUUGAUAUGCUGCCUGCAUUUGUUUACCCAAAAACAACUACCAUUUGAUAAUAAAAAAUUAAGUGGUACCAUUUCAUAGUAAAACCUUGUUAUACUGCCACCAUUAUACAGUAAAACCUUGUUAUACUGCCACCAUUAUACAGUAAACCUUGUUAUACUGGCAUCAUAGCUGAUCGCAGUUAUGCAGCCAACAUUGCUUAGAAACAUAUUUAUAAUCUAAAGAUGCUUUGAAAAAUUUUGAGGGAGGCAUAACAAAAAUUUUAAGAGAAACAUCAAAAUAUCUUGGCAGAAAUGUAUGUUUGAUGGCAAAAAAUAACUGACGGUAACCAUAUAUUUGAUUGAGUUAUCUCCCUUCCUCCAGAAAAAAAUCAAUCCAAUUCACUGUGGGAUACGUAUAUACUCUACCUUCGAUAUUUUCUAUUGCCAGUAACAAGGCAGCAUUUAUAUAUAAUCACCUAUGCACUGUUGUCUCCCUAUACAUCUUUACUGGGUUUAUCAUAAUUCAUAGCUUCCAACAGUCCUCACAUUUCCUGCAUCCCUUACAUUGCUAAAUGUUGUACUCUGGGUUUGUUGUUAUUUUUACAUAUAGCAAAAAAUAUGAAAAGAGAGAAAUUAUUAGAUGAAUGACAUUUAAAAAAACAGAUUUGUUUGGUAGAGAUAUUAUAUAUUUUUAAGUAUAUAAGACUUUACAAUGCUACAGGGAUAGAAGAUCAAGUGUUUGUAGUAAGCCUAUUAGAUAUAAAGGGUCCCAUAGAUGAAUGGUUCCCAAAUGGCUCUUUUAACAGAUUUCUUAAAGACUGUUUUCCUGAUAGAAUUUCUCUGGGAAAUACAGCAUGUAUGAAGUGUUAACUGAAAUCCGUGGUUAUUUACUUUAUAUCUGUGUAUAUCUGGUAAGUUGAAGGUCUCAUACACUGAAAAUAAAUCUUUUAUUUCUAAAUCCAUGAAUUUUGCAUCUGAAAUCAAAAUUUAUUUAUAUGUCUGUUAAAGCCAUAAUUGUUUAUGUGCAAUUCAUCACUGGUCCACAGAUUUUACACUUUAAUCCAUAGUUCAAAAGUUUUUGUUAAAAAAUUCAGAUCUUGGAUUUGGAUGAUCUUCUAAUUAAUCAGUUCGUUGACCUGAUAGUGAUUCGGAAAGAUACAUGUAUAUCAUACUUAUACCCAGUCAUACUAUAUAUUUAACAACAUUGUAGUACAAAACCGUCAAUAUACAGUAUAUAUACCAGAGGACAAAAUCAUCAAUAUACAGUAUAUAUACCAGAGGACAAAAUCGCCAAUAUACAGUAUAUGUGUACCAGAGUA